AUGACGCUCGCCUCAAUCCUCAUGCCCCACUGGGUAUCGUACAUUGUAACCGCCGAGGACACUGGAUCGACAUUCACAAAGACAAUCGGCCUGCACAAGAGCUGUAGCUCCGUAGCCGACCCGCCAUGUCAGCCCUUUCCGCAGGACGAGAUUUGUCGCGGCGACGAGCGCACCUUCUGCUCCAUGUGGAGAACAACAGGCUUCCUCAUGAGCUUCGCGACGGUCGCGGAGCUGGCAGCUCUCGUGGGAUUCAUCGUUAUCAUCGGCGGCGGCAAGAUGAAGCGCGAGUUCGGCUGGAAGGUCCUGGGCACCAUCCUGUGCGUUGUCGGCGUCAUCCAAUUCGCUGCUAUGGCUAUAGUGGCAUGGUUGUUCGAUAACGAUGAGCAAUUUAUAGUACCCGGCUGGCAUCUCGACAAGUCAUGGAUUCUUUGCACCGUCAGCGGUGGUAUCGCUAUCCUAUGCGCCCUCGGCCUCGCGAUAUCGGCCUUUGUUCUCCCACCAGAAGAAGGAUACGAGUUCCUGGACGACCCGCUCGAUGUAUAG